AGAGAGAGAGAGAGAGAGAGAGAGAGAGACAAAACAUGAGCUGUGCGAUAGAAGCAGGAAACGUUUUAUUCACGCGGCCUUAAGUCGAGCAAAACGAGCGAAUUCCCGAACGACAACUCGCUUUUUUUUACUUAUUUGAGAAGGAAACUAUUAGCAGAACGCAGUGCUUUUGCCGCUGCUGGAUCUUCGUUGGAACAGGAAGAAAUCCCCCUGCUUGCGUAAGAGAAAAAAAACAGACCGAAAAGACUCCGGUGCGUGAGUACGGGGAGGAAAGUUUUCCCGUCUGAAAAGCGAAUGAACUCGGCUGAAAUCGCCACGCGUGAACCAUGCACGCGUUGUACAGCGUGGGGUAGCCGCGUCGUGUCCUGCUUUUGAAGGGAUUUCGGAGACCUGUGCAAAGUUUCACGGGGGUUUGUUCUCAUGCGACACAAGACGGACGGUAGAAACGGAUCCCGUCACGCGCUCGCUUAGAGCCAUUGUUCGCAAGCUUUUUCGCUGGGGGAUUCUGCGUUCCUAGAACCGGGCAACCAGGGAGACAACUUGGUUGGAUUUACAUUUAUGCGUUUCUACUUUUUUCCCAUGGUCACUUCAUCAUCGUUCCCCACCAUCAGGAUGCACGUCUUUCUGAAAUGCGUGUUGAUCUCGCAGCUCGCGCUGCUGCUGCUGGCGACCAGCGGCCGGGCGCUGCUGUGUUUGCCCUGCGACGAGUCCAAGUGCGAGGAGCCGAAGCAGUGUGUCGGCGCCGUGGUGCCUGGUAUCUGUGGCUGCUGCUCCGUGUGCGCCAAGCAGAAGAACGAGAGCUGCGGCGGGGUGUACGGCCUGUACGGCACGUGCGACGCGGGGCUGCGGUGCGUGAUCAGACCCCCGCUCGACGGCGGCUCCAUCACGCAGUACGAAGUCGGAGUUUGCGAAGAUGAAAACUGGGAUGACGACCAGCUCUUGGGAUUUGAACCGUGCAACGAGAACCUGGUUACAGGCUGUAACAUAAUCGACGGGAGGUGUGAAUGUGACAGCGUACGAACAUGCAACAACCCAUUUGAGUUUGCCAGUGAAGAGGCUUGUCAGACAGCCCUGAAGAAGAUUGAAGAGGAAAGGCCGGACUGCUCUAAAGCCAGGUGUGAGGUACAGUUCUCUCCCCGUUGUCCUGAGGACUCAGUGCUGAUUGAAGGUUAUGCCCCACCUGGCGAAUGCUGCCCUCUGCCCAGUCGCUGUGUGUGCAGUCCUGCUGGGUGUCUGAGAAAAGUGUGCCAACCUGGCUACCUCAACAUCCUUGUAUCCAAAAGCUCUGGCAAACCCGGAGAAUGCUGCGACCUGUACGAGUGCAAGCCAGUUUUCAGUGUGGACUGCAGCACGGUGGAAUGUCCUCCUGUACAGCCCAUGCAGUGUCCAGCAGACAGCUACGAAACCCAGGUCAGGCUCACAGCAGACGGCUGCUGCACACUACCUACCAGGUGUGAGUGUUUGCCUGGUGUCUGCACCUUCCCACAGUGCUCAGCAGGGACGUUGCCCCACUUAGUUUCCCGUGGUGAUGGAACACCGGGACGAUGCUGUGAUGUGUACGAGUGUGUCAAUGAGACUAAGCCAGCCUGUAUCUUCAGUGGAGUGGAGUAUCGUGAUGGUGACAUGUUCAGGAUGGAUGCUUGCCAUUUCUGCCGCUGCCAGGGCGGUGUAUCAGUGUGUUUCACGGCACAGUGCGGCGUCCUCCACUGCGAACGAUACUACGUACCAGAGGGAGAGUGCUGUCCUGUCUGUGAAGAUCCUAUCUUCCCUGCGCUGAAUUUCGCCGGCUGCUAUGUGAAUGGCCAGAUCCUGGCUCAUGGGGAUCACUGGCGAGAGGACGACUGCACAUUCUGUCAGUGUGUGAGUGGCGAAGCGCGCUGUGUAGCUGCUGCCUGCGGCCAUAACUGCCUCCACCCGGUCACAGUGCCUGGAGAAUGCUGUCCUGUGUGCGAGGAGCCCACCUAUAUCACCAUGGCGCCCCCUGGCUGCAGCUUGCUGGAGAACUGCACGCUAACGGAGAAGGAAUGUGCCUUUGGCUUCCGGCUUGACUCGCACGGAUGCCGCACCUGCAGCUGCAAGACAAGAGAGGAACUUUGCAGUGCUCUGAUCUCGGGCUGCACCUUGAAGUGUCCACUCGGGUUCCAGAUAGACGCCAACGGCUGUGCCAUGUGUCAGUGCCGGCAUCGCCAUAAGAAGUGCAAGCCAGUAGCCUGCGCCAAGGACUGCCCCUUCGGCUUUGUUAAAAACAAGCAUGGCUGUGAUACCUGUCGCUGUAAAAAAUGCCCUGAACUGCCAUGUGACAAAUCCUGUCCAGUGGGCUUCCAGCAAGAAGAACAGGGUUGUCUGAUUUGCCGGUGCAGAGACCAGGCUUCUCCUCUUGGUCCCUCUGUUAAGCUGGGCUCUUGUCUCUCUAUGGAUGGUCGGAGACAUGAGAAUGGUCAAAGCUGGCACGAUGGCUGCAGGGAGUGCUACUGCCACGAUGGCCGAGAGAUGUGUGCCCUGAUCUCCUGCCCUGUGCCUAACUGUGACAACCCGAGCAUCCGCGCUAGCCAGUGCUGUCCCUCCUGCCCAGAUGAGUCUGGCUCUCACAGGCCAGAGCUGAGUGAGGCGUCUGUGUGUCUCGCUCCGGGUGGAGAGUAUUUUGUGGAAGGAGAGACGUGGAACAUUGACUCAUGUACGCAGUGCACCUGCCACAGCGGCCGCGUGCUGUGCGAGACCGAGGUGUGUCCUCCUCUGCUCUGCCAGAGCCCAAUCAGAACACAGGACUCCUGCUGCCCGCACUGCCCAGACGAGCCGCUCACUCCGCCAGCUCCCAGCAACAACAGCAUGCCCAGUUACUGCCGCAACGAGGAGGGGGACAUCUUUCUGGCAGCCGAGUCCUGGAAGCCCAACGUUUGCUCCAGUUGUGUGUGUAUGGAUGGAGUCAUCAGCUGUUUCUCAGAGUCCUGCCCUCCGGUCAACUGUGCCCGGCCUGUCCUGCGCAAGGGCCAGUGCUGCCCCUAUUGCCUAGAUGCCACACCAAGAGCUGUGUGCCACUUCAACGGGAAAACAUAUGUGGAUGAAGAGCGCUGGGACAUUGACAGCUGCACACACUGCUAUUGCUUGCAGGGCCAGACGCUGUGCUCCACAGUCAGUUGCCCUGCCCUCCCCUGCCACCAGCCAGUCACAGUGGAGGGCAGCUGCUGCCCCUUGUGCCCAGAGACUGUCCCCACUAACGUGCCCAUAGAGAAGACAGACCAGCAUGGAGACAGACUGAAACAUCGACCUGCUUGGCCUACGCACAGCGAGAACGACAUCAUGCCCCAGUUUAGAGCAGGCGACUUUGGCAGCCUGCAGAUGCCAUAUCUGGACGGGAAGACACCGAUGCCCAGUGAGGAUGCCAGCCUUCACUGGGCCUGGGUAGCACUGCCGAUCCUCAUGAUGGUGCUCACAAUUGCCACCCUGCUGUUAGUAAACCAGAGGAAGCAGUGGAUGCAUGUGCCUUGCUACCACACACCCUCUAAGCCCACAUGUCUGAAUAACCAGCUGGUGUACGUUGACUGCCAAAAAGGGACGAAGGUGCAGGUGGACAGCUCCCAGCGCAUGCUGCGCAUCGCCGACCCUGACUCACGCUACAGUGGAUAUUACAGCAUGCAGAAACAUAACAACCUGGAGGCAGACAACUUCUACCAGACUGCGUGAGCGAGAGCGGCCUGCGAUGAGUGAGAGAGAUUUAGAGAGAGACAGAGGGACUGGGGUCAGCCGCCAAACCUAGAGAGCACAUUAACAGAGAACUAUAAUUAAAAAGCUAUUAUCAUGGCUAAGAAAAUCCAGUGAUGGACAGUGCAACCAAGCAGAGCAAAGAGAACAGAGUUGAGACCCUGGUAAAACACAAUAAUCAUAAUACCCACAUUAAUCGAAUGCCACUCCAAAACGCACGCAGAUGACUAAAGGUCUCAUCAGGACGUGAUCAUGUUGCCAAGUCAGUCACUGCAGGAGUGUAUUUAUUUGAAUGGGAGGUGCUGAAUGCAUUUCCUUGGAUAUUUUUGUGUAUGUUAUAGUGAGAGUGUGUGUAUGUGUGUGUCUGUGGUUGGAGGUUAAUGAGUUCGAACAUGCAUAUUUGGGAUUAGGGCAGACUGGGGUGUUUUCAAAAGUGAUAUUUUUUGUGCAUUCCUGUUUUUUUACACAGUAAAAAAGCUAUUUGAAAAGUUUUUUGAAGAAAAAAAGAGAGAGACUCAAAUCAAGUGCGUGGUGUGAAUGUUGAACCAAAGCCUCUCUGGGAGGGAUGAGUCUCCGUGGUAGAGAAGAUACUGGACUAUGUGGAAAAACGUGAGAAGAGAAAGAGAAACGAACAAGGUGAAAAAGAGUGAGAGAGCAGACCGCUAGGACAUUUCCCUCUUCUUACAAUGACAGGGCUCAACUCCUUUUAGCCCCUUUAAAAGAGGAAUGGAGGACAACUGAGAAAGCAGCUCAGUGGAAAUUAGAUGUUCCUGCUUAGGUGGAUUGGUGUUGGUCUCUCUGCGUACAAUUAUAAGCUUUUUUCCCCUUUCACAUUACAGUCUUUUUUUAAUUUUAUUCAAGCAAAUAGACGCUUUCUCACACUCCCAGCAACAAUACACAUUGUGAGAAAGGGAGAAUAAAGGGUUGUUACAUGGGAUAAAUAUAAGAGGUAGUUAUACUGGUUUGAUGAGUCUAUGCUACAAGUGCUGCUUUUUUUACAGGUUGAGCUGUAGUAUCAAUCACAUCCCUGGGAAACAUGCAAGGAAACACAGACAAUACGAUGAAAAGACUUUCGCUAGAGGACUUUUGUUUGAGGCCAAAAAUGCUCUUUAAUCAAUUUCCCUAAUUUCUACAGAUUAUGAAACAGCUUCCUUCUCUGGAAGCUUUGAAAUGCUGUUGAAGCACCUUUUGUUAAUCCUUGCUUGAAAAAAAAAAAAAACUCUGCUUCCAAAUUGGCUUCAAAAUCCUACACACCUUAUAGGAACGUUUUAUGUACAUAUUAACACUAUAAUGAAUAGACAUGAGAUAUUGUGUGAGUAUAUAUGUGUGUGUAUGUUUGUGUUAGCAUGUAUGUACGUGUGUGCACACAAACGCACAUGCAUGCGCACAUUGACUCUGCUUCACCUGUAAAGUUCUCUGUUUCAUUUUUCUUACUGAAUGUAUUUAUGACUGAGUUUAAAAAAGAGAGAUUUCUAUCUACAGAAAUCUGAUCACGACAGGCAUUCCAUUGCCUAGCUUGUAUGAUAGUAAGUCGAAAGACAGACCCACAGAGGAAAAAAGUCAGAAAGAAAAAGACAAACAUCUCAUUCUAUUUGUUGUUUCCUAUUUUAUUGUUUUGUUUUCCAGUGGCUGUUCUCUCUUCCUUCCUCUGUUUUGUUUUAUUUUGUUUUUUGUCUUUUGUUUUGUUUUGUUUUUGUUUGGGUCCUCAGCUGAACCAAUUCAAUACUGUUUUAAACAGGCCCUCAUUGAUUUGCCCAUCUUAAAUAGCCGGGGAACAAAAGGUUACAUAAGUAAUGGUGGUCCUAUGAGUAAAUGCAGGACUGCCAGGGUGUACUUGCUUACUUGCUGAGGUGCUGAUAAUACUCUUAUUGAUGAUUCUUGAUUGAUUCUUUAUUGGCGAUAGGCUCAACAGCAAAAUCUGUCAAAGGUGUAUAGUGAGCACCGUUUUUUUCCAAAAGUGGCACUUGUCACCUCUUGACCUGCUUUUGAAUAUGCGUAUGUAGUUACUUCCAUCACCCAGUGUGUUAACCUGUCUCGAGCAGAUAGACUGAUAGGAUUAUUAAUAUGCUGUGGUGCCGAUGCACAUUUCUGCUGGUUUCAGCCACAUUGUGACAUGCUUGUGACAACUCCGGUCCCCAGCACAGUUACUUUUCUGACCAAUAAUGCAUGCAAUUCAAUGACUGAUCCGGCCAUAGUGAUGGCCAGUAAGAAAGCUGAAAGCACUAUAUCUGCAUCCGCUAGUUCUAGGCAGCUGAGCAAACAAGCCUUCUGCCUGUUUCUGUUCUUGCUGCAACAACACAGCAAAGGAACUUACCUUUUCAUUCUAGAGGCAUCAGCAGCUGUGUUUGUUUUUCAUUUUCUGUAAAGGUAAAGAAUGAACUUCAUGUAUUGCUAUUGGCAUGAUUUUGCUGUUAGGCUUUGUCAAUGCUUGUGGAAUAUGCUUUAAUUCCAAACAGUUAGGGUACUGAUUGCCCUUAAUUCCAAUACUUUCAGGGUCUUGCAGAACAAACUGCCAUGGUAUGACAGCAAUGGUUGACUUUUUCGUAUACUAAAAAUUCAAGAACUAGAAUUACAGUUACCCAAGUUGUAUCCUUUGAUGGUGCAAAUUUAACAAUAACAAGUCCACUUUAGGUCAUCCAGACGAGAAUGAGAAAGAUGACAUGCAUGACAUAGCACGACAUUGCUUUUUUGGCUACGCAGGUCACAGUCACAAGGUGCUGACUUUCCUGUUGGUACUUGGCAAGUAAACAAGCACAUGGAAGCUCCACUAGUUCUGAAGGAAACAGCCCUGGCAGUCUGGAAUGUAAGGAAGUAGAACGUUAUAUUUGAUCAACAGUCUUUAAAUGGGCUAUUAUGGUAGCCAGAUAAUCCAUCUAUACAUGACAAUCUGCAUAAUCGUAGUAGUUUACUCCGCUAUUACUUGGCAAGCUAUUAUGACUAUACACAGUUUGGAGCAAAGUGACUAUGUAAAUCGCUUAAACAGCACUGUGCUCCCUGCCAAGGACAAGUGUCUUUUAAUUAAAAGAUAUACUUCUUGUUAUUCCCUCCAGCCCUUGUGCUACAAGUGGACACUCACAUACCACUCCUGAUGUAGGUAAGUGCAAGUCAACAAGGGCAUGUUGAAAACAGUUUUGGACUGCAGGUUAUGUCUCUUUGCUUUUUUCCUUGCCCUCUGUUUUGAUCUGACAGUGUGAGUUGUUGGUUUGCGGCUCCAUUGUUUUCUCAGUCACGGGCCCCUGCAGGCGUCAGAACUACUGGAACCUCGGCACACAAGUUGAAUCCCAAACAAGGCCCCUUGUUAGGCACUAGACAGGGUGCAAAGCCAAUGGUUCACACCCUAGGCAGUCAGGCUAUCAUGAGUUGGGGGCCAGUCAGGAUUGAACCAUAAGAUGUUGAAAAUAGGGGGAGGGGCCGGGCUCUAGGGCUAGUACUUGUUGGUUGUGUCUAAAAUAUCUUGUCUGAUAAUGUUUGUAGAACUAUACUUUUGGCACUUUUAUAUAGUUUAAUGAGUAACCUCUGGGUUUUCCUUUUUUUUUUUCCUAACAAAUGCUUUUCAUAGAAAAAGUUGCCCUUUUGUGUUCUGAAAACUUUGCGAGACCCUGUGCAGUACAGCCAUGAGCUGUUUAUAAUAUACACUAGCUUUCAAAUUUUAUGGACGCAUGUGGUCAUAUUUGUACAGGUGGCAUAAUGGCGUACUGUGAUGGGAAACUGAGCGAAGUAAAUGGGAAUAUUUACUCUUUAUCUUCUGAGAGUACACAGAGAGAGGGCUAUAAACCUGUUUCCCUCUGGUGAAAUCACACAGCUUCUCUCCAAAUUGUAAACACUGCAGCUUAUUGAACGUUCUGACUCUCAGUCACGGCAAGUGAAGAGACUUGAGAUAAACAAGCAGUGGAACAGAGAGACGUAAACAAUUGUUUUGUGGACCAAAAACCACAGAGCUGAAUUCCAACCUGAUAUGACAAUUUUCAGUGAGAUGUAUUAAAAAUUGAUGAAUGCAUUAGACUCAAUAUGCAACUCAGUUUCAAGUUUAAAAUUAACACUGCCUGUUACAAAGCAACAUUUACUAUUAAGUGCUCCUGAACAGGUUUUGGUUACACCACUACUGCCUAUCUUUUCAAAUUGGACUGUUUUAGUGCAGACAUACUGAGCCUUGUCUAAUGACUGAGGAGAACCAUUGACUGAUUCCUCUUCCAACAGUUCUGCCUGUUCAAAGGGUCUCGCAGGGGCUUUUAUUUUAUUUAAAUUUUUUUCAGUGCAUCCUUCAAGUAUUGUUGUAAAUACUUGAGUGUCACUCGCCAAAACAAAAUAAAAAAAAGACAAAAAAGGUUGGAAAGAGGUAAAAAAUUUAAAAGAUUUAAUUUAUUGUUUUAAAUACCUUAGUAAUUUAUUUUCAAGCAGAACAAUUGAGCAUAUAGGAAUUUGAAUCAAAGACACAGCUGAAAUCGUGCGACAGUUUUGGUGUUGUCUUGGUCUCUCAAAGAAGGUUUUAAGAAUGGUUAGAUUUAACGAUAUGGGACACAAUUUAUCCUCCACUCUUAGGCUGUUUUCCCCCUCUCCCCAUUUUAUUCUUUUCCUGGAACACUGCUCUUUCCAUUUGGGAACAGCAGGCAGGCCUGGUCCUGUGUUCCACUAAGUAAGCUGAAUAAAUUUGGAGACAUUUCUCUCCUGAUCUCUUCCUUCCUACUCAGUCUGUCCACAGAAAACACACACACAGCCUUUUUAACUUUGUAUACUACUGGUGUUGUAUGCUCAUGUAAAAAAAAAAAAGUAAGAAUUGUCGAUAUUGGUAAUGAUAUUGCAGAUUUCUAAAGAGGGUAGAUGAAGAUUUGACUCAGAAUUCCUGUAGCACAGCAGAUCUUUUCAAUUUCUUGUAUUAUUUUGUUUGUUUCUUCGCAGCACAAAUAAAUACUUUUUAAAUA